AUGCUUCAGUACCUAGAAUACAAUAACAGAACUAGGGAGCACUUUGUUAACAGUGUCAGGGGCAUCUAUGACAGAAGCUUUUACCCUCAGCAUAUCGAUGUAUCCCACAUCUCUCACGUACUCUACGCAUUCUUGGGUGUCGAACCCGAUGGAACAGUAUACUCCAAAGACGAAUAUGCCGACUUUAUGGCACAAUUUGACGGAGACACUGACGAGAGACUAGGCUACGAGGAACAUAAAAGAAAUGCCUACGGAUGUGUGAAGCAACUUUUCCUGUUAAAGAAAUCCCAUCGUCACCUCAAGACUCUGCUUUCCAUCGGUGGGUGGGGGGCCGGGUCUGCGAACUUCAGCUCUGCCGCAAGCACACCUGACAGGCGUGUCAGAUUUGCCUCGACUUCGGUCUCCUUGAUGUGGAAUUGGGGUUUCGACGGUAUCGAUAUCGAUUGGGAAUUUCCGUAUGAUGAAAUCGAUGCUGCCAAUUUAGUUCUGCUCCUUGAGGCUAUACGGAAUGAGCUCGACUUAUAUGCAAGAACGUACACCUCUGGCCAUCAUUUCCUAUUGUCCAUCGCAGCCCCUGCUGCUCCUGAGCAUUAUAAAAAGCUUCACCUGAACGAUAUAGGCCGAAUUGUGGACCAAAUUAAUCUCAUGGCUUAUGAGUACUCUGGAAGCUGGGAUUAUAUCAGUGGUCAUAACGCCAACCUGUUCCCGUACAAACGUCCUGUCACAAGGCUCAAUCUCGACUAUACCCUCACGGAAAGCUUUGAAACAUCAAUCAAUACCGACUAUGCUAUCAAGGACUAUCUUGGAGCCGGGGUGCCCGCUGAAAAGAUUGUCCUCGGCAUACCUGUCUUCGGCCGCUCCUUUGAAGAUAACUUGGGCGUUGGAAAGACCUUCAGCGGUGUUGGUGAGGGCUCCUGGGGGGAGCGAGGCGUCUGGGAUUACAAGGCACUUCCAAAGGAAGGAGCUACAAUCAUGUACGACCCAAAUGCCCAAGCUUCUUUCAGUUACGACCAGAGAAAACGCGAAUUAAUCUCCUACGAUACUCCGAGUGUGGUUCAGAAGAAGGCAGAAUAUGUGCUGGGGCAUGGUCUCGGCGGAAGCAUGUUCUGGGAGGCUUCUGCGGACAAGCAAGGAGACGAGUCCCUUAUCCGCACAAGCUAUCGCACCUUGGGAAGCCUGGAAACGACAGAGAACUGGCUGGAUUAUGCGAAUUCGUACUUUGACAAUAUUGGGACAAAGAUGGGUGAGGACUAUGUCUGA